AUGGGCGAGCCAAUCACAGUAUCGGAAAAAAAGUUCAACACCGAACUCACUGACUACUCCAUCGCUCACCAUGGCGACAAGGGUCCCUACGCAGAUAAUCUCGAAGUCGAUGCCCUCAUUGUAGGAGCCGGCUUCGCAGGUAUUUUCAUGCUCAAGACCCUGCGCGAUCGUGGGUAUAAGGCAGUUAUCUACGAAGCUGGAAAUGACACUGGUGGCACUUGGCGAUGGAACUGUUACCCAGGAGCAGCUGUUGACUCGGAAGUCCCGGAGUAUGAGUUCAGCUGGCCCGAGGUCUAUAAUUCUUGGACUUGGUCGACUAACUACCCGAACUAUUCUGAGCUUCGAGCGUACUUUGACCAUGUUGAUAAGGUCAUUGGCGUUAAGAAGGAUUGCGCUUUUAACACUGUGGUAGUUGGCGCCAAGUUCGAUACUGAUAGUGGACGUUGGCAUAUCCGCACACAGGACGGUCGCGUAGCUAAAGCUAAGUAUCUCGUUCUGGGCACUGGAUUCGCCGCCCGUCGCUACAUCCCGGACUGGCCAGGCAUGGAAAAGUUCAAAGGAACAAUCCACCACUCCUCGUUCUGGCCCGACGAAGAAGUCGACGUCAAGAACAAGCGCUGCGCCAUCAUCGGCACUGGCGCAUCCGGCGUCCAGAUCACCCAAGCCUGGGGUCCCAAAGCCGGCCACGUCAAAGUCUUCCAGCGAACCCCCAACCUAGCUGUUCCCCUCCGUCGCAAGCAUCCCACGCCCGAGGAGCAGGAUCGGGCAAAGAAGUUCUACCCCGAGUUGUACCGUUACCGCGAGACGAGCUUUGCGGGCUUUCAUUAUGAUUGGUAUGAGAAGAAUACCUUUGAUGACACCCCCGAGGAGCGAGAGGCUCUGUAUGAGAGAGUUUGGGGCGAGGGCGGGUUCAGGUAUUGGGUUGCGGUGUACAAGGAUAACCUGUUCGACGCCGAAGCGAAUAAGGAGUCGUAUAACUUCUGGGCCAAGAAGACGCGCAACAGAAUCGGUGAUCCCAAGAAAAGAGAUAUUCUUGCGCCGCUCGACAUGCCGCACUUCUUUGGUAUUAAGCGGCCGUGUUUGGAAUACGACUACUACGAGCAGUUCAACAGAACGAGUGUCGACGUGGUGGAUAUCAAGAACAACGGUAUCAAGGAGUUUAGCGAGACGGGAAUCACCUUGGAGGAUGGGACGCAUCACGAGUUUGAUGUCAUUGCUGUCGCUACGGGUUUUGAUGUUGUGACUGGUGUUAUGACGCAGCUAGGACUCCAGAGCAUCGACGGUGCCGAACUCGAGAAGGAAUGGAAGACUGGCGCAAGAACCUACCUCGGCGUCACGACCCCAGGCUACCCCAACAUGUUCCACAUCUACGGCCCCCAUGGCCCAACUCUCCUCAGCAACGGCCCCACAACCGUUGAGGUCCAAGGCCGUUGGAUAGUAGACUGCAUCGACAAGAUGAACAAGAACAACAUCAAGUACAUCAACCCCGAGAACAAAGCCGCAGAUGAGUGGAAGCAGCACAUUCUCGACCUGAACAACAUCAGUCUAUUUCCCACUACUCGAUCAACCUAUAUGGGUGGAUCCAUCCCUGGGAAGGUGUACGAGCCUGUUUGUUACGCUGGUGGUAUCCCGCGAUAUAAGAGGGAGAUCCGAGAGGCGCUUGAUCAGAUGAAGGGCUUUGAGAUUGUGAAGAAUGCGGAUAAGUAG